AUGUCUUCUUCUUUCAACAAGUUAAUUUAUGAUUCAAAACCAUUAAAACCAUUUAAUUCCGAAGAAAUUAAAAUACUAUUACUAGAAAAUAUUAGUAAAGUUGCAGUAGAAAUUCUUUCGAAAAAAGGGUAUCAGGUUGAAGUGCAUUCAAAAGCUCUUCCAGAAGACGUACUUUUAGAAAAAAUUUGCAAUGUUCAUGCAAUUGGUAUCAGAUCAAAAACCAAGCUUACUGAGAAAAUACUCAAAGAAGCCAAAAAAUUAUUGGUAAUUGGAUGUUUUUGUAUUGGCACAAAUCAAGUUGAUUUAGAGGCAGCGGCCAAACAAGGCAUAUCAGUGUUCAAUUCACCAUUUAGUAAUAGUAGAAGUGUUGCUGAAUUGGUAAUUGCCGAGAUUAUUUGUUUGUCAAGACAAUUGGGAGAUCGUAACAAUGAGAUGCAUCAAGGUAUUUGGAAUAAAGUUUCUUCGAAUUGCUAUGAAAUACGUGGUAAAACCCUUGGUAUUGUUGGGUAUGGACAUAUUGGAUCACAAUUAUCAGUUCUAGCAGAAUCAAUGGGAAUGAAUGUGUAUUUUUAUGAUAUUAUUCAAAUAAUGCCGUUAGGUGGCGCAAAGCAAGUGAAAACACUAGAUGAAUUAUUGGAAAUCUCUGAUUUUGUCACGUUGCAUGUCCCUGAAACAGAAGAAACCAAAUUUAUGUUUGGUGAAAAACAAUUUAACCUAAUGAAUGAGAGGAAAAAGAAAAACAAUAUUAAAGGUGGUGGUAGUUAUCUAAUAAAUGCAUCACGUGGUUCAGUUGUACAGAUACCAGCAUUGAUUAAAGCUUUGAAUGAAGAUAACAUUUUAGGUGCUGCUAUUGAUGUUUAUCCACGCGAACCCUCAUCAAAUGGUAAAAACUUUAAUAAAGAGAUGAAUCCUUGGACCCAAGAAUUGCUUGCUUGUAAAAAUUUAAUUAUGACACCACACAUUGGUGGGUCUACUGAAGAAGCACAACGCAUGAUUGGUAUCGAGGUAGCAACAGCUUUGUAUAAAUACAUAAAUCAUGGUACAUCUAUAGGAGCAGUUAAUUUUCCACAGAUCAAUCUUCGAGCAAUUGAAGCUGCUGAAAAGAAUUCAAUUCGUGUACUCGUUGUUCACCAUAAUGUUCCUGGUGUUCUCAAGGAAAUCAAUCAAAUACUUUCGGGUCAUAAUGUAGAAAAACAAUAUUCAGAUUCUAGAGGUGAUAUCGCAUAUAUGAUGGCAGAUAUUUCUGGAGUUGAUGAAGCAGAAAUUGGAAAAAUUUAUGAAAAUAUCAAUAAUAGUAGAGCUAGUAUUUUAACUAGAAUUGUAUAUUAA